AUGCCUGUAGCAAUUAAGACAGUGGAGGCUAUCAUAGCAGACACUGGGGACUUGGAGAGAAUCAUUCCAGGCUGGGGCAGGGACAAUCAGGUGACAGCCUGCCUCAGUAACAUACCUCAGGAUGUGGUGAAGAACUUCCCACACACCAAGCGUGUUGGGAACUACCUGGUGGGCAAGAUGAUCAACAAAGGGUCGUUCGCCAAAGUGAUGGAGGGCCUUCAUAUCAGCACAGGGGAGAAGGUGGCAAUAAAAGUGAUUGACAAGAAGAAAGCAAAACAGGACUCUUAUGUUCUAAAGAACAUGAAAAGGGAGCCCCGGAUUCACCAGAUGAUUAAGCACCCGAACAUCGUGCAGCUGUACGAGACGCUGGAGACGGAAAACUCCUACUACAUGGUGAUGGAGCUGUGCCUGGGAGGGGACCUCAUGGACAAGAUCUGUGACAGGAAGAAGCUGGAAGAGAGGGAGGUCAGAAAGUACACCAGGCAGAUCAUGUCAGCAGUGGAGCACAUGCACCGCCAUGGCAUUGUACACAGGGAUCUAAAAAUUGAAAACUUUCUUUUGGAUGAAUACAACAACAUAAAAAUUGUCGAUUUUGGGUUGAGCAACACUUUGAAACCAGAGUCUCUAUCCCUGGAGCUGCUAAAUACACAGUGUGGGAGUCCUGCUUAUGCUGCUCCAGAGCUCCUGGCUCAUAAGAAAUAUGGUCGAAAGGUAGACGUGUGGUCAAUUGGCGUAAGCAUGUUCGCUAUGCUGACCGGCACCUUGCCUUUUACUGUGGAGCCAUUUAACAUUAAACAACUGCAUCAGAAGAUGGUCAAUGGUGAAAUCAGUCCUAUCCCGCCUGACAUCAGCAAAGGGGCUGUGCAAUUUAUGCUGUCUUUCCUUGAGCCCGACCCUGCCAAACGACCGCACAUUAAAGACGCUAUGGAAGAGAAAUGGUUAAACAAUGGCUAUAUCAAGAGACCCCUUCAUUCAGUAUCUUAUAAAAACAGGCUCCGUCCAGAUGAGCUCAAUUCUGCAGUUUUAAACCACAUGACAGAAAAUCUGGACUUCAGCCUUUCAGACAUCAUUAACACAUUGAUCAACAACCGUCCAUCUUCAAUCUUGGCAGCUUACUGCUUACUUGUGAGGAAACUGAUAAGGCACCAAAAAGAAAUUAAAACCAUGAAGAGGGACACUGUCACAGAAAAGAGUGCAAAGCAAAUCAACAAACCAUUCGCGAACCCCAGUCAUGAGGCUGAAUCCGAGAGCAGAAAGAAGACUGUGAUGGCAGUACAAGAAAACCAGAAGAACAGUGAGAAGAACGUAGCUAUCCCUUCCCCAGCUCCUGCACUGGCUCAAGUGAUAACUGAGGAGGAAAUUGACAUCACACUGGAAAACAAAGAAAGUUACUUUCCUGAAGUUUCGAAAUUUGCUGAUAGAGAACUUGUCCAUCUUGCACCACCAAAGUGUUCUGGGAAGGACGUCUUGGAUAAGCCAGGAGAGCCAGUUGUGGAUAUACAAGUAAAGGCUGAGGUAAACAUUGACCCAGUGGAAGCCAGGAAAUCAGCAAAACUUCCAGAGCAAAGAACAAAUGCCUUUGAGAAUACUCCUGUGGAGCCAAUAAAAUAUCAAGAUGAACAAACUUCAAAUCCUCAAACACCAUCCAAGGACAAAGGGACUCCCAGACUAGGUCUGGAGAACAAAGCUCACAGCACUGGAUCACAUCAGGAAACAAGGUUUAAAGAUAUUCUUCAAGUGAUGGAUGACAAGGGACUGUCUCCUGCUUGGCGUUGCCAAGAGAAGGAAGGACGGAAUUUUGUUGCAAUUGAUUCACCUCAGCUGUCCCCUUUGCCAAAGCUGAGGCAGACUGCACUGAGGGACAGUAUCACCAGGAAGGUCACAUGGGUUGGGACAGCGAAACACUCAACAGAUGAUUCCCCUCCAUUCCUAGUCAACGGCUUGAGACCUCCUUUUUUUCCUUCUUCGCGUCAGCAAACACUGAUUGUUAAAAGCUUGCGUCAUUCCAAAGAAAAGACUCGCGCUCCUGUCAAUAACAACAUUGCCAAGAGGAACUCCAUACAGAUCAGACACACUCAUAAAGGGACUGACUUGAAUCUGCCAGUGCUAUCUCAACCCUUUCAGUUCAAGUCCAACAAGAAGACUGAGUUGUUAAGAAUAGAUUUGGGGUAAAUGAGAUUCGGGAGAGGGAAUCUGAGGUUUUAACCUGCACUUGCAAAAUACAUAGGCACAUACUGUACAGUAGCAGCAGCUGCUCAUUUUUAAUGCAUGAUAAUUAUACUUUUUAUUCUUUUGCCAAUAAUUUCAUUAAGGAAAUCCAAUGAGACUGACAUACACAUACAGUGCAUGAAUCACAGUAAGAGUGACAGGCUGCACUGUCCUUUGAUUCUGUAACAGAUUUAUAGGGCCAUAUGAAUUCACAUUAGGACAGGAUGAAUUCAUUUGCGGAUGGGAAGGCUAUGUAGUACUGAUGUGGGUGCUCUGAUGUGAUAAUGUUGGUCUAAUAGUCUAACCCUAAUGCAUGUUUAUAGAUCUUAGAGAUGUGUUACCGGGUGACUUCAGUGCACUGAUAUGUGUACAAAAUGUUGUAUUAAAUGCAUGU